GAAAUCGUGCCCUUGUUUGUGUUCUGCAUAGCCUAUAGAGGGUGUGGAGAUAGCCAAUCAAGGCGAGUUAUGUCUCCCUAGGUCCGCCUCUUCUUUGAUUGUUGUCGGUGCUGGCCAAUUAGUUGAAAACGAGACGACUGUAGGUGCUAGAGAAAGGUAGCGAAGGUGAGGGCUAGAGUUGGACAGUGUGAGGUGAAGAUGGCGGUACUGGCCCCGCUGCUCGCUCUGAUUUACUCGGUGCCUGGAAUCUGCCGUUGGUUAGCCCAGCCCUAUUACCCGCUCUCAGUUCUUUUGUCAGUCGCCUUCCUCCUGGUGCGUAAGGUCCCACCGUUAUGCCAAGGACUGCCCAGCCAGCGCGAAGACGGGAACCCUUGUGACUUCGACUGGCGAGAAGUGGAGAUCCUUAUGUUCCUCAGUGCCAUUGUUAUGAUGAAGAACCGCAGAUCCAUUACUGUGGACCAACAUGUGGGAAAUAUCUUCAUGUUCAGUAAAGUAGCAAAUGUCAUCCUUUUCUUCCGUCUUGACAUCCGGAUGGGAUUGCUCUACCUCACUCUGUGCAUAGUGUUCCUGAUGACCUGUAAGCCACCUCUAUACCUGGGACCUGAAUACAUCAAAUAUUUCAGCGAUAAAACCAUAGAUGAAGAACUAGCACGGGAUAAACGGGUAACCUGGAUUGUUGAAUUCUUUGCUAACUGGUCCAAUGAGUGUCAGUCAUUUGCUCCCAUCUAUGCUGACUUGUCUCUCAAGUAUAACUGCACUGGACUGAGUUUUGGAAAGGUGGAUGUGGGCCGCUACCCUGAUGUUGCCACCAGGUACAAAGUCAGCACCUCUCCUCUUACCAAGCAAUUGCCCACCCUAAUCCUUUUCCAGGGAGGGAAAGAAGUGAUGCGCCGGCCACAAAUUGAUAAAAAGGGACGAGCGGUCUCAUGGAAUUUCUCUGAGGAGAAUGUGAUUCGGGAGUUCAACCUGAAUGAGCUGUAUCAGAGAGCCAAGAAAACAUCCAAGCAGAGCGAAGAGAUCUCUGAGGAGCAACCUGUUGCUACUGAGCUCCUCAAUGGAGAGACCAAAAAGGAUAAAUAGAGCCCAUCGGAUUAGACUGUGUUCCCUUGCCAUUUAGUUCCUCAUUCUUCCUCCUUUCCAUCUUAACCCCUCCUAUGAGUCACCAGGCAAUCUGCUAUCCAGCAGUGCAAGGACGUGAAUUUAGGGAGAAUGAGGCUCUACAAAUUCAGUUUGAUGUCUCUGCUGGUGUCCACUUCGCCUAUAAAUGUUUCUGAGACUUAUUUUUUUUUAUUUCCUGAUUUUUCUCCCAGGAGUAUCUAGGGAUUGCUUUAAGGAGCAAAUUAUAAUAAUUAAGAGGCAUUGUCUCCCCUCUUAUGGAAAUUAGAUUCCAUUGUGGGGAUUGAAGAAGAGUUACAUGAUUCUGCAAAUGAAUAAAGAUUAUUGAAAGAAGCAAUGCCUUCUGUUGGGGAGGGAGGUGUAAAGGGGCACCAUUUUCUGUUCAUCAGUGUUGAUGUUAAACAAACUUUGCCAGUUUGGCCCAAUUCUCCUGUCAAAACUGACACUUCACUCCUAUUAACUUUAUCUUCUCCAGGGUGAUCUCCUUAGCUGAGGAGAUAAUGAGAAAUUUAUUAUUGGUAGAUUUCUGCUACCCACCACCCUCCAUAACAGCAACAGUAGAAAUCCUGAUGGUGUCUCUUCCAAUCAUUUGGGGUUUAAAUCCUUGAAUGCCACAAGGGAAACGUUAGCUGAGCCUGAAAAUGCUGCUGUGCCAGAGACUGACAUUGUCUUAAAAGGAUCUCGUUUGCUGCAUUAGCAGCUGUUAGCACAGAGUAACCUGCUUGUGUGGGGCAGAGACUUUUGCUCUAUACUGGUAGCUGCUUUUACUGCCUCUGGUGUACAAAAUACAGGAUGGUAAUGUAUAGGAUGUGGUUAAUGUUAUUGUUUUACUGUUAAUAUGAGUUUAGUCAUACAAGCUCCCAUUUUUUUCUUAACCAUGCUCACAUUUCAGUCUUCUGCUUGUGUUAAUGGCCUUCAGCAUUUGUCUAAUAAAUAAAUGUCUUGUUUAUC